GUUCUUUUCCAGACUGAGCGGGAUGUCAGCGUUCGUCAGAGGGCUGUUGAUCUUCUUUAUGCCAUGUGUGACAAGAACAAUGCUGAGGAAAUCGUGUCAGAAAUGUUGACUUACCUGGAGACAGCUGAUUAUUCCAUCAAGGAGGAAAUGGUAAUUUUGCAUUUCUUUAAUUGGUUGUACCCUUCAGAACUGAUCUUUACCAGUGUACAGUUAUGAAACCAAUCUCCAAGAAAUGAGUGUUCAAUUUAGACCACUAAGUGACAACAAGGCUUGUUGUUGAUCUUUACCAUUCUCCUGUUCUGUUAACUCAUGAGGGUAAACAUGUGCAAAACCAAUCGCGGGGAAAACAUUCCUUCAUUUUUAAGUCACCCCGGGGGCCUGGGUCGCGUUUGCAGUCUCCAAAAAAAUUUGUUCGGCCCUUUGGGCCUCAGUUUGGUCUAAAAAUAGGGGGAGGGGGACCUCCCCUGGAUCCACCACUGAUUUCUAAAUUUCAAAAGGCCUCAAAGAACAAUAAUAACCUUCUGUCCAUAAACAUAAAAAAAUAUUGUUUUGCACUUGCCCUCGUUUUUCAAGGAUAAGCUCAGGUGUAGGAGUUCAGAAGUUAAGUAAAGUACACACACAAUUAUAUGUAGUGUAUGUUUGUAUUUCACUAUUGCAGUUGAGCACUUUUCUCCAAAUGCCGAUCAUCAUAUAUUUUUUAUAGGUAUUGAAAGUAGCAAUUCUUGCUGAAAAGUUUGCAACUGACUACUCCUGGUACAUGGAUACUAUCCUUACCCUCAUCCGGAUUGCUGGAGAUUAUGUCAGCGAAGAGGUAAGGCGCUUUGACUAUUGAAAUAACAAAAAGAGACUAGGAUAGUGCUUUUCAUUUUAAACUUGAUUUCUCUUUCAAAACAGUUUUAAUUUAUGGUCCUUUUUGUGAGCUGUGAAGGUGUUAAAUCAUUUUGAAAAUCUUCACAGGUUUGGUACCGUGUGAUCCAGAUUGUCAUUAACAGGGAUGACAUUCAGGGUUAUGCUGCUAAGACGGUAUUUGAGGCUCUGCAGUCACCUUCAUGCCAUGAGAACAUGGUUAGAGUUGGUGGCUAUAUCUUGGGAGAAUUUGGAAACCUUAUCGCAGGAGAUCCCCGCUCAAGGUAUGGUUACUUUUUCCAGACUUCAUUCAGAUUGCUUAUGGAACAAACUCUAAUACUUCACUGAACAAGUUAACUACAGCUGUAUGCCAAAACGUUUAGGGUAAAUAGUGAUUGCCUCGAGCACUCCAGGCAAUUGUUAGGAUUAGAGCAUAGCUUAAAAUCCUUUGAUAAAUUCAGUUAAAUUGUUCCAUGAAUAUUUUUAAAAUAAAGCAAGGUAGGCUUUUCCUAGCCUGCACAUAUACAGUGUAACUUUACCAAAGUUACCAUUAGCAUGUAAGGGUGGUAUCACUUGGAGGCCUUCUGGUUUGUUUAAAAAGUUGUUAUAAUAUGCAUCUGGUCUGGCAUGAGAAAAAUGAUGAGGGGUAUCUACUUUAUGAGCUUUUCUUUUUUCCUCCAGUGAAAGAGACUUUCACUGAUGUUGUUUUUUUUGUUGUAUAUGAACAGGGCUGUGCUCUAGCAGAACCUGGUGUCCCUGGCGUCUAUUUUUCUCUCUCCGGUGACUAAAAAAUCUCAGUUUUUUUCAUACAAAUCACAUGCUGGGCACGCUACAAGUAAAUUUCACAGGGUUCAGAACACUAAACUCCCUUCAGUUUUUCUUAGAGAACAUGCAACCUUGCAAGAAGAUCAUUCAAGUGAUUUUACCUGCAAGACGUUCCUUGGAGACAUUCUGCACAUUUAUGACACAAAAAUUCUUUGAUGGUGAUCUGUUCUACUCUUUCUUUUUGUCAGCCCAAUGGUUCAAUUCCAGCUGCUUCACAGCAAGUUCCCAUUGUGCUCUUCAUCAACAAGAGGCUUGCUCAUGUCAACAUACAUCAAAUUCAUUAACCUGUUCCCAGAAAUCAAAGGACACAUCCAAGAGGUAAGAGCAACUUCUCCUGAUCAGCUUCUUAUCCGAUAUCUCAGGUUUUAGUUCGUUGAGCCUGUAGAAUGUACGUCUUUCACUCCUGAUACAUGGUGGCUUAAAAAAUAUUCACAAAAAGCUCGUAUUUCUUUUUCUUAAAUCCUAAAAUGUAAAAAGUAGUGUGUGGAAGUUCUGCUCGAGGGGGUUGAAAGCUGUGCUUUAGCAAUGCCUAGUGGCCCCUAAUCCUGGGUGACCAGAAAAUUGAAGUUUUUUUCACGGAAAUCAUAUGCUGAGCACCCUGGAUUUCACAGGUUCAGAGUGCACUGGGCUGUUUUUUUCAAUGUUUUCUGUACUAUUUAGUUCCUUUUUACGUGUAGGUAACAUGAUAAAAAUUUUGUAAUGGUGGAAGAACAAGCAAGCAAAAAAAGAACUUCUAUGUGUAUGUUUUAUUUCUUGCCUUCAGAUUUUACGAAGUGACUCCAACCUUAAAAAUUCAGAUGCUGAAAUUCAACAGAGAGCACUUGAGUAUCUGAAACUUAGCACUGUUGCAUCUCCAGAUGUUCUGGUAAGGUUUCAUGCUCAGUACGUCUUGUUAACAGAUUACUUUUGCCUUCUAUCCACCCCAGAUCUUUGAACAAGUUAUGCUACAAGGGACUAAAUCCUGGGGUGGGUGGCGAGGGGGGGGUUGGGGGUGCACUUGCUAUGUUAUGACCUAUACAGGGAAGGCUUCAGGUAUAUUAAAGUGUAGGGAAUUCAGGAGUUGAAGUAUAUAUGACAGGGUAGUAAAGAGGUACAUGUAACUUUUCUGUCUAUCAAAGUGUAAGGGGUUGCACCUCAGGUGAAACCUCCCCAUAUGAUAUAAAACUCUUAGAGUAUCCACCUCUGCCUCCCCCCCUCCAGACAAAAUCUUUGGUAAGCAGUAGUCUUAGAGAAAGGUAAUUUACCUUAGUGUUUGUAAAAAGGCAAUUAUCAGACUCUUGCCUUGUGAAAUGAUCGGACACAGAUGACGGUAAAAAGAAGAAAACCAAUGUGCACGUGGUUCAGUCCCUUCAACUUUUUUUUUUACUCAGGCCACAGUUCUUGAAGAAAUGCCACCUUUCCCAGAACGCGAGUCAUCCAUCUUAGCCAAGCUAAAAAAGAAGAAGAAGGAAAAGGCUGGAAUUUUGGACAAGGAAGAGAAGGCUGAA